AUGAUCGAUAGUGAUAACAAUAAAAAAAAUGGUUCAAAUAUUGGUCUAAUAAUAGGAAUAACUAUUGCAAUAAUUAUAAUUGGCAUUUGUGCAUUUGCUGGAUUUUUGUGGCGCCGUAGAAGAUUAAGACGUUUCUCAAGAGUUACACCUAUGGAAAGUUGGAAAAUACUUAAUGAUCCGUCCACAGAUUUUAGAAGAUCAUCAAGGAUGCCAAUGACGACAAAUUAUUCGCCUUCACAGCCAUCAAAAACUUUUCGAUCAAAUCAAGAAUUUCCAAGAGCGAAAAGAUUAGUAUAUGAUAGAGAAACUACAUUACCGAAAAUUCGACGAUCUAAUGAUGCAUGGGAACAAUAUUUAAGUAUGGUACAUACACCAUUUAGAACAGCAUGGUGA